CUAUCCCCCUUCAUUCUUUCGGUGGGUCCCAUAAAUCGCCAACGGAGUCUCUCUUUCCUAGCUCAAGUUCCCCUGGACAUUCCCCCAUCGGUCCCGAGACUCCGAGACUCCAACCAACCGGUUCGAAGAAGAGAAAACUGCGAGCCAGGCAAGCAAGCGGAUCCUAUUCUACUUGUAGAUCUCUCUCCAACCCUUCUUGAUCGCAGGGAAUUGGGGUCUGCCUAUUCGUAGAUCUCUCCAACCCUUCUUGAUCGCUGGGGAUGGAGUUCUGCGCCGCUGAUCUGGAUUGGCUCUAGGGGAAUUCGAGCCCUCGGAUACAUCGAUCCGCAGCCGCCAUGGGCAUCCUCUUCACCCGGAUGCUCUCUUCCCUCUUUGGCAACCGGGAGGCUCGGAUCCUCGUUCUUGGCCUUGACAAUGCCGGGAAAACCACCAUCCUCUAUCGGCUGCAGAUGGGGGAAGUAGUUUCCACGAUCCCAACGAUCGGAUUCAAUGUGGAAACGGUGCAAUACAACAAUAUUAAGCUCCAAGUUUGGGAUCUAGGUGGGCAGACAAGUAUCAGGCCCUAUUGGAGAUGCUACUUUCCAAACACUCAAGCCAUUAUAUAUGUUGUUGAUUCAAGUGACACUGAUAGACUGGUGACAGCUAAGGACGAAUUUCAUGCUAUCCUAGAGGAGGAAGAGCUAAAAGGUGCAGUUGUCCUCGUAUAUGCAAACAAGCAGGAACAUGACGAGACAGCUUGGAUGCCCCACUUCCUGUCAAAACAUGAGACCUUGGUUGGUAUGACAGUCAAAGAUCUACCAGGUGCACUUGAUGAUGCUGCAAUAACUGAAGCCUUGGAACUUCAUAAGAUAAAAAACCGUCAGUGGUCCAUCUUUAAAACUUCAGCUAUAAAAGGAGAAGGGCUAUUUGAGGGCUUAGAUUGGCUCAGUAACACUCUCAAGUCCGGAGGUUAAUUUGUGGUACAAGGGUGUACAUUUCUCUCAGACCUAAAAGUGGAGCUGGACACAGAGCUAUAAAUCUUGUGAAAGGACGCAAGAAGAUGAUCUUGGUUUUUUCAUGCCACGAUGGUAAAUCUUGCUGAGAUGUCUUAUAACCAGUGUUUUUUUCUCACACAUGUUUGCUUGUAAAAUGUUGGUUGAGUUGGAAUAUAUGUCAUUUGGACGCUAGGAACUUUCAGCAGCAGUAGAAUUGGAGCAAAUAAUGUUUGAGGGUAUAAAAUUUUUUACAGGAUUGCCAUUGAUCACACAUUAUUAAUGUUCUACUUAUCUAUCGCUUAGACAACUGAUGGUGAUUCCGUAUCUUA